AUGCAUACCACGGCGGGCGGUCAAGCCGCGAGAGAGGGACUGGUCUUCCCAGCCGGUUGGUACGAGUACGGACGAACCCUGAGCCUGAGCCUGCGCCUGUGCCUGCGCCAUCUGGAACUUUUGCCUGGAGAAAAUUCGAGGUGGUACCAAGCCAAACCAGAUUUUCUCGUCUGGUAUGUUUCCCAUUCUGAUGAUGUUGUGCUGACGAUAGGAUGACGUUCCAACUCCGGGAAGAUUCCAGGAACCAGAACCGUUCCAGGGUGGCAAUUCUAGUCCGAAUGCAACCCGAGCCAUUCAUUGCAUCAGCCACAGCUACUCCUUACCGACCGACCCGUUUGUUUAUCUCUCCAAGACCCUUCAACUGCAGAAAAGUCAAUCUGGCAAUCCCAGGUGCAAAUCCAUCAGGAGACAAGGAAGAAUCCGCCUUGUCAUUGCGCUACUCAAGACGGGAAGCUGUAUGGGGCCGCCGUCAGAAGCGUCGAGAGCGCAGCGCAACGCAAACGCUGAGAAAGGACGUCAAUUGCAGGCAUCGGAGGGACUUCAUCAACUUCGUGAGUCAAGGUAGGUUACUCUAGGCUAUGGUGCCGGUACCGUCGUGUAUAAGUGGCAAGUCCUUGAGGAAGUCUUGAAGGUCGUAACAUAA